AUGGCAACAAUUCCAGGAAGCUCAUUAUUCUGUGGCAUCAACAUAGUGGAAAUAGCGGUAGCCAGGACUAAAUUGCAAAUGCCGUCGACAGUCUUCUCGAAGGCGGAUGCUAUCAUUGACUCCGGGACCGUCAUCACGCGAUUGCCCCCGACGGCAUACAAUGCCAUGAGGACCGCUUUCCGGAAGGAGAUGGCGAGCUACAAGAGGGCAAAGAGCUUCGAAAUCCUGGACACUUGCUAUGAUCUCCGCAACACAAAGUCGGUCGUCGUCCCAAAGAUAAGGUUCACCUUUAGCGGAGGCGCGUUCAUGGACUUGGAUCAUAGCGGCAUAUUGUACACCAUGAGCGAGUCGCAGGUUUGCCUCACGUUCGCGGCAAACAGCGACGACACUGACAUCGUUAUCUACGUAAACAUGCAGCAAAAGACGUUCGAGGUGAUCUAUGAUGUUGCCGGAGGACGACUAGGUUUUGCCCCUAAUGGUUGUCCAUAA